AACUUGGAUCAACUGGUACUUGUGUAAUCUAUGAGGGACUGUCAAAAAAAUGCACUAGGUUUUAUUAGACCACUAACUAUUCAUGAGAGCUAGCAUAUACGUGCUUGCCGUUUGGCGUGACACAUGCUAACACACGUCUAAAUGUCAACACAACUAAGCUAAAUUAAAUUAAAAUUUGUUAGAUGUAGCACCCUGUAUUGAAAAUUGAUGGUGGGGGGGGGGGGGCACAACAUAUAAGGUGGUUCAGCCCUCACACACCGGGCUAGUUUUUUGGGUUGAGUUAGGCCUGUGGCCUUGGUUGGUUGGGCUUUGGUGGAUCUAGGUCUUGUAAGGUGUCGUCUCGUGGGUAUAUAACAAUAACGGACAUCCCAUCUCAUGAAAACGCCUAAAAUCAACAUGCAUAUCGCUUUGCACAACAUAGUCAUCAUCACAAUGACACAAUAUGGAGGAAAAUUUUGACAUGUUACAAGUCUUGGAUAGAUUACGAGUUCUCAAAUUAGAGUACCUAAAGUUAAACAUUAGGGCUAUUCUCAAGAAUAAUUUUGAGUGUUUAUCUCGGAUAUUAAACUUUGAAUUGAAUGAUGGAGUGAAAAGAAGUCGAUCUAAUAGAAAACACUUAUAGUACAUAGUGAAAUAAAUCGCAAUAUAAACAAGAGAUAGCGUCAUUGUCCAUAAGACACCACCUACAUAACUCGAUCAGGCUUCAACAACUCAACCACUUUGCCAGCGCUGGAGAGAUGACCAUCUCGUUGACUAUGCCCUCUAGAAACAAUCGGAUGAACUUAAUUGUAGCGUCGUGAGUACGAUGGUACUCCACAAGACUUAUCUCUCAUAGUAAAACCAAGGGACCAUGCAUUUGGCAUUAUCAUUGGAAGUAACUAUUUCUUUCUCUCCAUAUGACAAUGACCUUCCAAGUCUCCAAACAUUCUACCAACUUUGUGCUGAUACUAAAUUUCAAGUGCAACCUAAAUUGCAUGGAUUUAGAGCCAUAGCUAUUGCAGAUUUCAAACAAGGAAGGAUUCAAAUUUGUUAUAUUUUUAAUUUUUUUUAAAUAAAUUUGACCUUCAUGAUGAUUCCAAGAAAUCUAGGAAAAUUCUUCUAAAUUUACUAAUUGUACCAUAAGAAUUUAGGAAAUUAAUUCGAGCAACAUGUUGCAAUGAAAUUUCAAGUUAUCACACAAAUCAUGAAUUUAAAUUUAGUUUUUUUUAAUUCAUAUUCAAGUGCACACAACUCAACCAGAAAACACUACUACAGAAAUGAUUUGUAGGAGUGUCCCAUUUUUUUUCUAGGGGCAGCCCAAAGAUAACCCAUCCUUGCAAAUGGAGCAGGGUAGCAUCCGACCUGCCACUGGAAAUAUAUUUUUAGGAGUGGGUGAUUGCGUUAUGCGCUCCUAGAAAUGCCAUUUUUAGAUGCGGGUGAUGGCGUCUCCCGCCCCUAAAAAUGCAUUUUUAGGGACGGAUGACAACAUGACCCGUUCCUACAAAUGGUUCAAUGCAAAAAAAAUCAUAAUUUUUCAUAUGAUUUUGGAUGAAGUAAACUUUAUGUCAAAAUUAUAGAGGUUGAUGAGACCUAAAUUUUUGCAGUUGAUAACUUUUUUUAUUUAAGGUCAUUUAAUAGUCCAAAAAAUUAUAGAUUCUCUAAUUUUAAAAUCUAGCAGUUUUAAUUUUUUUAACAACCGAGUAGCUCCAUAUAAAAGUUGUAGUUGUAUGAUCUAAAAUUUUAUAGUUUAUACAUUAUUCAUUUACAAUCUUUUAGAAUCACAAGAUCAUUUAAUAGUUGUGCUCCACAUGUCUAGGAUUAUUUGGAAUCUCAUACAACUACUGUCAUACUUUAAGGUUUUCACAAUCUUAACAUUUGUAUAAACUAAAAUAUACUUGUUUGUAUUUAUAGUUCAUAAUAACUAUAGUGUAGAAGUUUCACUUUUUUAUUUAUUUUUCUAUAUUUCAAAAUUUAAAUGAAUUUUUAGAAUCAAAUAGAAAAACAUUUUAGUGGCGGCGGUGGUGUCACCCGCCCUAUAAAUGGAUUUCUAGGGCAGGUGAUGGUAUCACUUACUGACUUGCUCCUACAAAUCAAUUUCAGAAUUAAUAUGAAAGAAUAGCAUACCUCAUAGAGUCAAAAGUGAUUGUGUAGUGUGGUGGAGAGGAGGGUGCACGAGGCUUCAGGUAAUUGGUUUGAACCCUUGUUUAUGCAAUUGUGCAUAUUUCGUCAAAAAAAAUUGGACCUAUACAGUAGGGGCCUAGUGGGCUAAAAUAUUUUUCCUUUUUUAUUUUUUUAUUUUUGAUAUUUACAGGGGCAAGUACGUUACCCGCUUCUGCAAAUAGCUAUUUGUAGCUGCGAAAAGCAACCACACACGCCCCUAUAAAAGUGUUUGGCCCGCCUCUAAAAAUUAUUUUUUUAGCAGUGAAAACAAUUAUCCAGCAAGCAAAUGUUUCUUACCUUGCCAACUUAAUUUUCCUCCGUGGUCUCCUACUUUGCUUGCCCGAACUUCCAUGCCAUUUUCCUGUUGGAGGAGAUCCUGACUGGUUCACACCGCGUGCAACUGGUAAUGGGAUGGAGAUGAUCUGUAGUCGCGGAACAAUUCCCGUCCCUCGCUCGCAAUUUCGCUACUCUCCUAACCUCAAUUCCUCAUGAUGAUUGAGGCUCGAUUGUGAUGGACAACACUACGACAGUGCCAGCUACUCACGUCCUCUGAUACUCCUCGACACGGCAGGUGGUGGUUGGCUUUGUUUGUCUCAUCUAGGAUGGACUCAGUGCAGUGCACUUCCCCCAUGUGUCGACGUCAGUAAAGAAUUGAAAGGAGGACAAGGCAGUGCAUGUUGCAUCAUUUAGUCAAUGCAAAAUGAAUCAUUACAAAUUUUACAAAUAAGGGUAGCAAACCUGCGUUUGAGUUCUUCUCUUAUUUUAUAUACUCAUUUUGAUUAGCUUAUGAGCUGAGAAUGAUGUAAGAACUUGACUGCACGCAGUCAAUGUCUCAGAGGGCCAGAUUCAUGAAACAUUUGUUUUUCUCCCUAAGACAUGCCAUCUCCGUCCCAAAAUUUAAUAUAGCAACUUUUAAAUUUGAUCAAAGUUAGGCAUAUUCAUCUUUGACCAACAAUAUCUCUAAAACUAAUUACUUUUAGAUAGAAAAGGUUACAUGUUACGAUAGUUGGUUCCGGUAUGAAUAAACUAAUAUCAUGAUAUGUUUAUGUUGUCAACCUUUAUAGUUCUUUUUUUAUCAUCUGCAGUCAAAGUUUAAAAUGUUUGACUUGGGAAAAAUCUAAAGAUAGCUAUAUUCCGGGAUGGAGGUAGUAGUUAUUUGAGCAUGACGAUCAUAACAUAUACCUCCUAAUAUUCACCCGUGUUGCAUCUUGAAUAUUAUCACUAGAUUACUUGUAGAGGCCGGAUGUUUUUAUCCUUAAUCUAAAAAAUCACUAGAUUACUUAGGACUAUUGGCCUAUCAAAUUUAUCUAUUACUUUCACUCUCAUGCAUGAGCUCGGUAUGCUCUUUUUCUAACCUCUUUCGCCGGGUAAAAUUGAUACUCGAAGACUUCUAGUGCCCGUGACACAUCUGAAUGGGUCUUGGAAAGCAUAGAUUAAGUGAAUUGUGAUCAAUUAAUGUAGCAUGUUUAAUGCAGCUCAAUUUUCAUGUAACUUCACGAGGAUUUCAUAUCCUGAAACUUUUCAGGUUUGCAGCGUCCCGCGCUUUUGCUUGUCAUCCAGCACAAAUUUGGUCUUUUCUGUGUACGUUUCUACAUGCUUGAUGCUGACUAUUUUGAUAGAGGUAGAGACCUACGCGGUUGUGUGUUUGACUCUUCUUCCCGAUGGGGUAAAUUACCGUGCAAAUACCCCCACAUGUAUCUAGCUAGUAUAUGAAUGCAGGAGCGUUCGCUUAAACUGCACUGAACCAUCAGGAAAUACUCUACGAGGACUGGGACACAAAUGCUGUGCUCAAACCACACCAUGGUCAUGUCUCUUUCAGCAGGGGCACCACCACGCCACACCCCGCACACGAUGAACCAUGAGCUGCUCAGAGCCGCCGCGACCGGCGACAAGGCGCUCCUAGAACAGGUUCUCGGUUUGAGCAGCGACAAUGGAGGCAAGCUCGAAGCUGGCUUCGGCCGGAGGUGCCUGAAAGGCGUCACCUCGGAGGGGAACACGGCGCUCCACACCGCCGCCGGCCGGGGAUACAUGGAGCUCGUCCGCAUCAUGUGCGACGUGGACGCCUCGCUCAUCAGGGCCAGGAACAACCUGCGCAACACGCCCCUGAUCUACGCCGCGAGGGCCGGGCACGUCGACGUGGUGUGCUACCUCAUCGAGCGUGAUCUGGCGGCGGCGGCGGGGUCGUCGGAAGCCGGCGCCGCGCCCGGUGACGACGAGGACUCCAUGCUGAGGGCGAGGAACUCGGAAGGCGCGACCGCGAUGCACGAGGCCAUCCGGAACGGCCAUGAGGCCGUCCUGGAGAAGCUCGUGUCCGCCGACGGUGGGCUGGCCGCGGUGGUGGACGGCAAGGGCUUCUCCCCGCUGUACCUGGCCGCCGCGCUAGGCCGCGCCGACAUGGUUGCCGUCCUGAUCGGAGGCUCGCCUCCCGAGGAUGGGGUGAAAUCUCCGGCGUACUACGCCGGGCCCCAUGGACAGACCGCCCUGCACGCAGCGGUCCUUGUCAGCGAAGAAAUGACCAAGUCCCUGUGGUGCUGGGAGCCGACGCUGGCCAAGAAGGUGGACAACUCCGGGAACACCGCCCUCCACCAUGCCGCCUCAGCUGGAAAGUUCGGAGCAGUGAAGCUGCUCCUCCUCAAGGACUCGUCGCUGGCGUACAUCCCCGACGCGGACGGGCUCUUCCCCGUGCACGCCGCCGCGAAGAUGGGCAAGAUCGACGUCAUCGAGCUGCUCAUGGAGGCGUGUCCCAACAGCGACGAGCUGCUGGACAACCGGGGCCGGAACGUCCUGCACUGCGCCAUCGAGCACCGGAAGGAGAAGGUGGUGCAGCGCGUGUGCCGGAACCCGAGGCUCGCGCGGCGGAUGGUGAAUGCCAGGGACGGCGCCGGGAACACGCCGCUGCACCUGGCGGUGAAGCACGGGCGCGACAGGAUGGCCAUGCUGCUGGCGCAGGAUGCCAGGGUGAACCUGAGCGUCAUGAACAACGACGGCGCGACGCCGCUGGACGUGGCCAUCAGCGAGCUCGACCACGGGUACACGUACCCGAUGAACCCGGAGGUCCUCAUCGUGCAGUGCCUGGCGUGGUGCGGCGCCCACCGCAGCCCGCGGCGGCGCGACGAGUACCUGCUGGACAAGCGCACCGCCGGGGCCGCCGGGGACACCGGCUCCGAGAGGGAGCUCAGAAAGUACACCAGCCUGACGCAGAACCGCGCCGUCGGGUCCGUGCUGAUCGCGACGGUCACGUUCGGGGCGCCCUUCGCCGUGCCCGGGGUCGCCGCCGACGCCGUGCCCGCAGCCGCGGGGAGGCCGGCGUUCCGGGCCUUCGUCCUGUGUGACGCCCUGGCGUUCAUGUGCUCGACGGUGGCGACGUGCCUGCUGAUGUACGCGGGGCUCUCCACCGUGCACCCCAGGUACCGCCGCCGCUACCACGUCUGGUCCUCCAACCUGCUCCACGUCGGCGUCCUGCUCGUCAUCGCCACCUUCGCCUUCGGCGUGCACCUGGCGCUCAGCCCGCCGGGAGCGGCGGCCGGGGUCCCCGCCGCCGCCGGGAGCCUGGACGCCGCCGUGUGCGCCAUGGCGUGCGUGUCCGUGGUCUUCGCGCACCCGGGCACGACCUGGUGGCCCGUGGUGCUGGCGAGGCCCAUAUGGGCGCGGCUCGGGCUCAAGGGGCUCCUCGGCGUGCUGCUGGGCCCACGGCCCAUCCCCUGCCAGAAGCUGCUGCUCUCGCGCACGCCCUGGCUCAACCUCUUCAAGAUGCUGGCCACGCUGCUCAUCCUCGCCCUGAUCCUCGUCACGUUUCUCCGGGACGUGGCGUACCUGCGGUCACCUGCAACUCAGAACUGCCUCUCUUCCACUAUUCUCCUGCAAUCUGAGUGCGAUGUUUACUCAUUCCCUACAUGAUCUGACAGUAUUUGAUCUUGAUGACGACCGCGGUAAACAGAGCAUGGCUCUGGUCAACUCGUGCUUCAGAUGUCAGUCUAGUUUGAAGCUAGCCAAGCCUUACAAGUUACAAAAUUUGGGGCUUGCUUGAGCUGUGUACCAGAACCUUCAAUUUUUGAUUCAUUCAGUAGGAGAAGCAGCCUCAGAUCUUCA